AGUACACUGAUGCUCUAUAUAUGGCAGCAGUCCAGUGAUCCCACCUGCUUUUCCUGGUCACUGGUUCAAACCUCCCCAGGACCUCACACACUUUCACACACAUACACCCUCACACACACACACUCACAUACACUCUCACACACAUUCACAAACACCACAUACAUACACACACUUUCACACACAUACACCCUCACACACAACCUCACACACAUUCACACACACACCACACAGAUCCCAUCAGAACAGUAUCAGAAAUGACCACUCAGAAGAACAAGAGGAAGGAGUACAUGUGUGUGAAGGACCUGGAGAAAGUUCUGGACACCUGCACUCUGGACCUGCACCAGAUCGACGAGGUGUGGCCCAACCUGUACAUCGGAAACGUGAGAAUAGCCCAGAACAGAACAGCUCUGCAGCAGCUGGGCAUCACACACAUCCUCAACGCUGCCCACUCUAAACGCGGGAGCAUCGGGGACCAGAACUUCUACGGAACCAACUUUGUUUACUGUGGAAUUCCAGCCGAAGACUCCUGUCACUUUGACCUGGAUAUUUACUUCAGACCAGCAGCAGAUUUCAUCCACAAAGGCCUGAAAGCCCCUGAUGGAAAGGUGUUGGUGCAUUGCAUUAUGGGUAUGAGCCGUUCGUCCACGCUGGUUUUGGCGUAUCUGAUGCUGUAUCACCAAAUGCCUCUCCGCUCAGCUGUCCAGCGUGUCGUCAAAAAACGAGCAAUCUACCCAAACAGGAACUUCCUGGCACUGCUGCUGGACCUGGACCUACAGAUGAAGAGGAAAAGAAAAACCUGUGUACUGCUGUAAAAAAUAAACAACAAACAAACAAACAACCUACAGCUGCUUUACAUCAUCACAGGUGGAGUGCUCACAGUUUACUGGUUGGAAGUUGGGAAUCUGCAGUGAAAGAGGAAAAAAUAUUAUCAUAUUUUUCGCACUAUAAAGAGCACUAUCAAUGAACGUC